AUGAAGACGCUUUCCUCCCUCUUCAUCGCCCUCAUCGCAAUUGCACUUGCAGUAUACAACAACGAGUACAUGCUCUCGAGACUUACACAGUCACUGAGACACGUCACAUCCCUAGCGAAGACUACGAAGCCCUUCUACAACGCCACCGAAGAUAUGUCGACCAUGUUCCGCGGACUGCCCGUCAUCCCCGACGAGAAGUUCACUACCGAUGCGCCCCGCAAGAUCGCAAAGUCCUUCCUUGCUGUUGAGCAGUCCGAAGGCGCGGGAGCGAAAGUGAGGAGGAGUGUUGGCACCCCCAAACUCCGCAACUUCUCUCCCUUCCUCAUGCUCGACCACUUUGCCAUUCCACCAGGCGCAGGCUUCCCUGACCACCCACACCGAGGCCAAGAAACCAUCACAUACCUCCUUUCCGGCGCCGUCGACCACGAAGACUUCGCCGGAAACAAGGGUACCAUCGAGCAGGGCGACCUGCAAUUCAUGACCGCCGGUCGCGGCAUCGUCCACGCCGAGAUGCCGCGCCAAAACGAGGACGGCGCGCCCAACGUCGGAAUGCAACUCUGGGUCGAUCUGCCCAAGGAGCUGAAGUCAUGCGAACCCCGCUACCGAGACCUACGAGCGAAGGAGAUCCCCGAGACAACCGCGGACGACGGCAAGGUGCACGUCAAGGUCAUCAGCGGACAAGCGUACGGCACCGAGAGUCUGAAAGAACUGGCAUACACACCCGUCUGGCUGCUCGACUUCACAGUCCAGCCCGGCGGCAAGGUCAAGCAGCCCCUACCAAAGGGCUGGAAUGCCUUCGCAUACCUCCUCAACGGCACCACUAUCUUCUCUUCCGACGGCGUAUCGCGGCCCAUCGAACAAUACCACAACGUUGUUUUCGAGAGCAACGGUGACAGCAUCGAAGCAUCUGUAGAGGAGGGUGCUGAGAAGCCAUCACGGUUCAUUCUCGUCGCUGGUCUGCCGCUCGAUCAGCCCAUCGUACAAUACGGACCUUUUGUCGUUACGUCACGAGACGAGGUCAUGCAGGCAAUGAUGGACUACCAAAGCCGUUCGAACGGUUUCGAGAGGGCGAACAACUGGGAAAGUGAGAUUGGAAAGAGCAUGAGCUUGGCUCCCUCUUUAGAACACUUUCGCGCAAUAUUCUUCUCAGAGGAUGGACCGGGGCCUGUCUUUGUAUGGCUACGCAUCGAAGACUGCAAUCAGCCUGAUCAGGCGAUGAUCAUCCACUGCAACAGCGUGCCAUUUCCACCACGGUCCCAGGUCCACGGAUCGCCACAGUCAACAGGCAGUAACGACGAAAACCGGGUUCUCCAACGUCCCCACGAACCAAUCAGCCAAGUCGGAUUUCUCGCUGCCGACACAAACGGUGAGACAAAAUUCGCAGGGAGGCCAAAUGGUAGCGUUGGAAGCAUUGAUCCAGAGCUAGUGGAUGGCUACAAAGGACCAUUGCUAUUCUGCGGUCUGCGAUACCACCUCGACAUGAUAUCCUUCCGGCACAUAAUCGACGAUCUGCGCUCGUAUUGGUACGAUGCCAGGAUCGAUGCCGAGAGGCGGAUACAAGGCCCCAUCAAGGGCGUUCGUGUAAAUUGCCUCGGCGACACUGUCAUCAGUAAGCGACCAAAAUACGAACCGAUUAAUACACUCCACAACACCUUCUUCGACACUGAUCGUAUCUUUGAGAUCCCUGUAAGUGACAAGAUCGGCAUCCCGUUAGAGGUACACCUAAUCGAGCCUGCUGUACCGUGGAGGAAUCGUCGUCUUUAUGGCGACACGAUUAUCCCGUACUCACUCAGUUUCGACGCGCGGAUACUCAACCCGGCGCAGUGGCGGAUGCUGACAGGCUCGAUUAUGAUCAUCCGCAAAGACCUCAAGCCGCUUCAUUGCGCCCACAUAGACGCACUACGCGAGUACUGUGUACGCGAAAGCUUCAGUUCCGCACAACUAUCCAAUCUACCCGGGGGACCUCAUGGUCCUAAUCAAGACUUGACUCCAUUUAUCGACAUCGUUCAGCAAGCAAGUUCACAGCAGUUGCUGUCCCGUGCGUCGAAACAGGGCUUUGCAGACUUCUAUCUCAACUUCAUGCAAAACGGUGGACACGCGAAGUAUGGAUAUAUCACUUCUCCUUACAUAGUCUAG